UUGUGUCGCCUGUCAGCCAGCUAGCAAGCUUCUUUUGUUAGCUGUUUAUCAAACUGUAUCGAACAGGCAGGUUUUCAAAGAGUUCGCACAUUUGUAGGUAUAGAUCUGAGGACGUGUUUCACACAUUAUCCAACUUGUGGUUUUGUUUUCUAAUCAAAUAAAUAAGCCGAGACUGUCAGAACAGCGCAGGUAGCCGGGUUUCAGUGCAGGCUAGUGAAUGUGUUUCUGUAGUGGCCACAGGUUAGCUCGAUAGCUAGCUGAGCAGCGUUAACGCACGUUUUCUCUUUAAAGCCACCAGGAGGAGGAAUGAACCAUAAGAGUAAGAAGAGGAUUAAAGAGGCGAAACGGAGCGCCAGACCCGAACUGAAGGAUUCAUUAGACUGGAUAAAACACGGCUAUCACGAGACUUUCGACCUCUCACACCUCACCGUAAAGGACAACGUUGAGCGUGUGGACACCCUCCAUCUCAGUCCUGAAGAGUUCAUCCAGCGCUUCGAGCGGCCCUACAAGCCUGUGGUCCUGCUGAACUGCCAGGAGAGCUGGCCCGCUCGGGAAAAAUGGACCCUGGAGCGCCUCAAACGCAAAUACCGCAACCAGAAAUUCAAGUGUGGGGAGGACAAUGACGGAUACUCAGUGAAGAUGAAGAUGAAGUACUACAUGGAAUACCUGGAGACCACGAGGGACGACAGCCCACUCUACAUCUUUGACAGCAGCUACGGUGAACACGCCAAACGCCGGAAGCUGCUGGAGGACUACCAGGUUCCCCUCUUCUUCAGGGAUGACCUGUUCCAGUUUGCAGGAGAGAAACGCAGACCACCAUACAGGUGGUUUGUAAUGGGCCCGGCCCGCUCCGGCACAGGCAUCCACAUCGACCCCCUGGGCACCAGCGCCUGGAACGCCCUGGUUCAAGGACACAAGAGGUGGUGCCUGUUCCCCACUAACACACCCCGAGAGCUGAUCAAGGUGACCAGAGAGGACGGGGGCAACCAGCAGGACGAGGCUAUCACCUGGUUCAACGUGGUUUAUCCCCGAACGCAGCAGCCCAACUGGCCUCCAGAGUUCACACCGCUGGAGAUCCUCCAAAGACCCGGAGAGACCGUUUUUGUGCCAGGCGGCUGGUGGCACGUGGUCCUCAACCUGGACACGACGAUCGCCGUCACUCAGAACUUUGCCAGCACGACCAACUUCCCCAUCGUGUGGCACAAAACAGUCCGAGGACGACCCAAGCUCUCCAGGAAGUGGUACCGUAUCUUGAAGCAGGAGAGACCUGAUCUGGCAGCCCUGGCAGACAAAGUGGACCUUCAGGAGUCGACAGGCAUUGCGUCAGACAGCUCCAGCGACUCCUCAUCGUCCUCCUCCAGCUCCUCCGACUCCGACUCGGAUGCGGAGUCGGGCUCCGAGGGCGACGCCAUGUCCCACCGCAGGAAGAAGAGACGGACCUGCGGCAUGACGGCCAACGGAGACACCAGCAGCCAGGACGACUGCGUCAGCAAGGAGAGGAGCUCGUCCCGGUGACCCCCAGCCUCCAUCCAGCCUCCACGCCUCCACUCACCAACACAGAAAUGGCUGCUUCCGGUCUAGUUUAGGUUAAUGUGUGAACCCCCCCGAUGAAGGCCGUCUUUAGGGACAACAUGGCCGCCGCUUCGAGUUGUAGAUGAAGGAGGAGGACCCACAGGGGCGUGGGCCUGCUGGAGACCUGCCACCACUGUGCUUUUCAACACCAGUCGAUAUCUGUCUGCGCCUGUAGUGUGAGGAUGAGGAGGGAAAUGUGAAGAGAAAUUACCACCAGUAACAGACUGGUGAGGGUUCUGGGGAGGAGGGUUUUACUGGGGACUCAUUGUGGGCUUUAAAAGUCUCUGAGCUGCUUCCUGAUGUGAGCUUGUUGAUUAAUGGAGGGGUGGGAGUAUUUCUGAAAGGCGUGACCAUGAACAGUUUGUCUGUAGUUUAACACACAGCAUCAGCAACGUGUUGGCACAUGAAACACCUGCGCCUCUAGUUUCACAGGUGAGAAUCCACAUCUGCAUCAUCACAACACAUCUGCUCCCCACAGUGUAGUAGCUGCACACAGGGCUAGUGCUGAGCUACUGUAGCCUGAGUGCUAAAGGCUAGCAUGCUAGUGGAGGUUAAACAUGAGUCUGUGUCGAGGCUGACGGACGUCGCUGUCACACGUCAGCAACCAAUGAGGUGCCUGCUUUCAGGCCCGUUAAGCAGCUCCAUCGUGUCGCGUGCUGCUGUGAAACUAGAGGCCCGGGUCUUCACCUGUGUGUCCACGACGUUAAACUCCUCUCUGGUGGUUUGUCCUGUCCGACGUCGCCUCCUCCCCCCGCUCAGGUGAUUUAACUGGAUUCAAAGCGUCGCUUCAGCCAGCAGCUUUCAUGAAGUGUCGUGUCAGUGCCUGCUGUAGGUGUGUUCUGUAUGGAAUACAGGAGUCUGUGGCUGUGUGGAUGUUCAGCCUGCGCUCAGGUGGAGGUGAUGGAGGUGGUGGAGGGACUUUCAGCAGCAGCGUUCCCGCCGUCUCGACGUUCCGCCUGCGUUGUGCUAGCUGCUGCUAACUGCUGCGAGGUGCGGGAGGCUUGCUAACGUGGAGUCCAUUUGAUUUUGUGCUUUGACGGCCGAGGCGCUGCGUUCGCCAGGAUGGAGGAGCUGAUGGAGCGUGAUGAAGAGCUGUCAUGUUGCCCGCUGAACAGAUUUUAUUAGCAUUUAUUCAGGUUCUGCAUCUCGUUAAGUAACAGCUCAUCUUUCAGAAGCUUCGGUGAUUGACUUCUGUCAAGCUGCUGUGACGACGAGUUAUUAAUCUGAUUUACUUCUGAUUUUGAUCAUCUGCAACCAAUUAGUCGACUGAGAGAAAAUUGAUCUGCAGCAGUUUUAUCAACGACGCUUGUUUCAGUCAUUUUAAAGUCGUGUCCAGCCUCUCGGAUGUGACUGUUUCUUCAUGUGCUUUGACAGCAGACUGAAGCUCUUUGGGUUUUCUUCCUUUGGUCGAACAAAACGAGACAUUUGAAGACGCCGUCUUGGCCUCUGGCAACGUUUUAUUAAUGCUGACAUUUUAAAGGCCAGUGGUUUGAGGUACCUGUGCUUUUAUCACAGGAGCUACAGGGACGGUCAGUUAAACUGGCAGUUUUGAUUUGAUAAAAUAUAUUAGUGUUUAGAGAUCAACAGAACCAGUGAUCAAGUGCCGAAAAAUGGUUAAAUGGCUGAUUUGUUCUUUCUAACAUCAGUGAUUGAUGUUUGUGUUCGACCGGCAGACCAACAACCCAAAGAGAGUCACCCGGCUGAGAUAGAAACCAGAGAAGAGCAGGAAAUCUUUGCUCAGCUUCCAUCCAAACAGUCGCUGAUGAAUCUUCUGUGGAUCUGCUGCUCGUAGUCGACGCUUCUGCAGCUUCUCUGAAAACCGAAUCCUUUAAAAUCAUCUGUGAAGUCCUGCAGACGACAUCGAUCGCUGUUCGUCUGUGCAGUUCAUAGAAAUCUGUUGCUUUAGACUAAAGUGCCUAUAAAGAAGAAACGUUUGCCGUCGUCCUGCGAGGCGAGCUGUCCGUGUGACCGGCUGAAGGUGACUCUGUGUUUUUAAUCUGUCUUUAAACUCGACGGAAGGCACCAUGUUGGUCUCUGAGGUCGGUCACGUGGUGCCUUCUGUCCGCCUUUCAGUGAAGGUUUUCCUCCUGGGAUGGUAUUUCAGGUGGAUGUUGGGGCUGAAUGUUGUCUCCGGGCUCAGCGUUGAUGAGACGGAUCCUGAUGUGAUGGAUUUCAUUUUGUUGGUCAAUAAAAUCUUUU